GAACCCCCAAGCCAACGCGCUCAGCCCUUGUUUUCCCCCCCAUCAGGAUUUGUCCUUCCCAAAGCUUGGGCGGAUGGAGGAGGAGGCUGCGAGGAAGAGGAAGAUGCCUUGGGCCCCCCAGGCAGGUGAGGAGGAAGUCAGUGUCCCUUUGGGCGGGUGUUGUGCUGGCUCUGUCAGCCGAGCAUGGCCCCGGCUGCAGGACAACCCCGCUGGCGCCGCCGUCCUGCCGGGGCCGGAGUUGGGGGGAUGUCCUUGGCCUUCCCUGUGGGCCGGAGGCAAAUCCCCUGCCUGUCCUUCUUGCUUCCUGCCCCAGGCCCCGAGCUGAGGACGGAGAGCCCGGAGGACAAAUCCCCCCGUGAGACCCUGGUGGGAGAGGCCGUUUUGAAGGGCUCCACAGCACAGGAAGGCAGCGGGGAGGAAAAGGGCCGGAGAUCCCCCCACAGGAGGGGCUGCAAAGCCAUCCCAGGGUGCUCUGAGGAGGAAAGAGCCAGCCUGUGCCAGGAAGGUGGUCGGCACUUGAGCUGGAGCUCUGACCUGGUGGUCCCUGAGCAGCCUCCCAGCAGAGAGAAGCCCUUCAGGUGCUUGGAAUGUGGGAAGAGCUUCAGGAAGAGCACCAACCUCCUCAGCCACCAGCACAUCCACACUGGGGAACGUCCCUACACGUGUAGGGAAUGUGGGAAGAGCUUCAGAGACAGGUCCACCCUCCGCACCCACCAGCACAUCCACACUGGGGAACAGCCCUACACGUGUAGGGAAUGUGGGAAGAGCUUCAGUGAUAGCUCUACCCUCCGCACCCACCAACGCAUCCACACAGGGGAACGUCCCUACACAUGUAGGGAAUGUGGGAGGAGCUUCAGCCAGAGCUCCAACCUCCGCAGCCACCAGCGCAUCCACAGUGGGGAACGGCCCUACACGUGUGAGGAGUGUGGGAAGAGCUUCAGUGACAGGUCCACCCUCUGCACCCACCAGCACAUCCAUACUGGGGAACGGCCCUACACGUGUGGGGAAUGCGGGAAGAGCUUCAGCCAGAGGUCCCACCUCCACACCCACCAGCUCAUCCACACUGGGGAACGGCCCUACAAGUGCUUGGAAUGUGGGAAGAGGUUUCACACCAGCUCCAAUCUCCUGAAGCACCAGCGGACACACACGGAUGAGAGGCCCUUCCACUGCACCGACUGCGGGAAGGGCUUCAAUCGGAAUGGCAACCUCGUCACCCACCGGCGCAUCCACACUGGGGAGAGGCCCUACAAGUGUGAGGAGUGUGGGAAGAGCUUCACCUGGAGCUCUAAUUUGACCAAACACCAACGGACCCACCGGUAA